AUGGGUGCAGACAGAAAGUCCACGUUCAAGACUCCUCCUACUGCUAUCACAGACAAACUACUAUCUCAAGAAGCAAGACGCGUCAAGGCUCUUGACGAACAGAAACGUAGGCGCGCUCAACGCGUAGACUCUUCACGCCACUUGGACGCAUUCGCAGACCUCACCCUUGGCCCGUCAGAUGACGAGCUAGAGGGCGACGAAUCCAAGGUCCUAAGAGAACCACUGUCCGAUUAUGCUAAACUACUCACGGAUGAUUCAACGCGCUCAAUGGAGUCAGCCUCUAUUGCACCGUCGGAAGCAAGCUCGACCAAUAGCAACCGGAAGCGCAAGCAGCGCCGGAAGAAGACCAAGAACCAACAGUCCAAGUGGGCCGAUCGAUGCAUGUAUGCGGAGCUUCUUGAGCUUAAGGAUGAUAAUACGUGGGAAAGCAUAGAAGGGGAGGAGUCGGAGGAGACGCUGGAUGGGCUGCCGAGGGAUUUAGAGGGAGGCUGGGUGGCCGUUGCACCCGUGCCAGUUGGGAAGAGGUGUCUGGCGAUCACGCAUCAGUCGACAGGUGUUGUGGGCACUAACCCGAACACUGCACUUCGGUCACGCUUGCUCGGGAAGAUGCUAAUCCCAAGAUUUCCCUCAGCUCUUCCACCUUUGACAGUGAUCGACUGUAUCCUCGACCCACAAUGGAGAGAUAACGGAAUCAUACAUGUUCUUGAUGUCAUCAAGUGGAAAGGUCAGGAUGUAGGGGAUUGCGAGACACCCUUCAGAUUUUGGUGGCGAGACAUGCGUCUCGCGGAGCUGCCAAAGUAUCCGCCCCCAUCGAGCGCCAAACACAGUUUCACUUUCGGCCUCAAUUCCAUGGGUUCUGCUAACGGCUCGAGCUCAUCUGUUAAUCCACUGGCGGCUGACCCAGAUCAAUACCGCUUCCCUUACCCCACGACCUUCGUCCCAGUCCCAUACCAUAUAGACACCACCCUCCCCGCGCUCUCGUCGGUAGUAAUACCGUCCGCCCGUCUUGCGCGCCAAGUUGUCGUUGACAUUCCAUCCAUCUCUCACGUGCCAAGGGCGACGGAGCAGGAAGCACCGAUGGACCUGGAUGCACGCGCCGGGACAGGGACGGUGCUACCCGUACAUCUCACGAACCCCGUUGCGGUCAGUAUACAGCCAGACGGACUGCUUCUGUACGUGGCGCGGGCGAGCUAUGAGCCCGGGCUGAGUCCGCUGAGCUGCUGGGUGCCGAACCGGGCGGAGGAGGACGCGAGGAGUAUGCAGUCGAGUUUGAUGGGAGAGAUCAGCUCGCCACUGGAGCUGUUCGAGAGGCGAGUGUAUUCCACGGAUUGGUCAGGCGCCGUAUGA